UUAAUUUUCAGUUAGGCAAUGAGUCGUGGAGACGUGUUCGAUGACCCAUUUGACCUGCGAAUGGGAGACUCGCUGCCCCAAAUGCUGGACAAGUGUCUCAAAACGAAACUGAGUGCAAGUACAACUUACGAGACCCUCUCAAACACCAUUCUGCGACUCAUUCGUGAAUUUAGUUCCGAGAACAAACACAAAAAAUCAUCUUUCGAAUCGGGCAAAUUUGGUAAUCGAGAUCCGGAGAUUCAAUCGAGCAUCCAGAAAUUUUGUCAUUUUGUCGAGACUUCGCUGAAUGAAUUGCAAGUUAGACUGUCCCGCAAGGCGUUUGAUUUCACGCUUUGUCAGAUUUUGAAGUGGAUUAAAACAAGUCCCGAAAGGCUCCUGAAUGAUCUGUUCAGGGCUCUAGGGGCCAUUCUAUACGGAGCCGGGACCAUGAGUGACCCUCAUAAAGAAAUAUUAGUUGUGGGAGACUCAGCUGUUUUGAAGGGCUAUAUUGGAGGUCAGAGUCAUCUGGAUUUCAACAUCCAGCGUCUGGCGUACCAGUGCUUCUCCAACUUAGCCAUCAGGUGUGACCGAGGAGUCAUUCACGAGCAUACUCAGUCUGCCAUCUUGAGAGUGCUCCUAGACUGCCUCACGCAGCCCAAAGAACAAAAUCUGGACGAGGUAUCUCAUCUACGUCUGAUCGUGAUCGCAUUCGAUGGAAUAACUUCAAUAACACAGUACAACAAGGGCGAAAUUACCCGUAAUUUGGGCUCCAUUUUCGCAUCAAUCAGGUACUACAUGGUUUUGGGACUCCCAGGCUUCUACGACCUUCCUCAAAGGCCACUUGAGCCGAUUAAGAACACGAGCAUUAUGAAUAAACUGGGAGCUAAUUCGGCACAACAAACUGCGUUCAAUCAAGAUAUGCUGAGAAUGAAAAUAAAAAAUCAGAAGAGUGCUGGAAAUGAUACUGCGAAUGAUUCAGAUUUUGAGAGCGAUGACGACAAUACACAGAGUGAGAUGGUCACAAGUCAGUUCUCAGAUACAGAGAAAGAUUUAGUUACACCACAAGAAGACUACAUAGAUAUUCGAGAGCUUUUAGGAAGUCAUAAAUCGGAGUUUUCUAUUAUUUCCGAAUCAAAUUCGCAAAAAUUCUUAUGUUCACAGAAACAACACGAUAGCGACCUGUCCAAGCUAGGAGGUGUGUGCAAGAAAGUGCGCACUGUUUCACUGAACUGCUUAUUGGAAGUGCUCAAGUUCUCGCCAAACAAGCUAACUUUCGGGUACUGGUGGCAAUUUAUUCCAGACGAAAGCAUCACUGAUUUCGUUCCGAGUCAGCAUCCGUUUUUCUACCUCAUGUUGCGAGACAGAAAUAUGAAGUCUAAAGUCCAAGCUUUACAAUGUCUCUCACAAUUUCUAGUCUUGGCAAGGCCAUACAUUUUGGCAGCGGCCGAUGAUCGCUAUGACCCGAAGGCCUAUACUUCCUACUCGUACACUCUAGCUGCCUCGGUGAAAGAGCUGCAUCGCGUCUUGGUGCAGAUUACUAGUUUAGAUUUUGGGUUCGUGACUUUGCCAGUUGCUUUGCAGGCGCUCUCAGAUCUGAUAUUGUCCACUCCCUAUCACAAGCUGCGUUUUGGUCUCCUUACUAGAGUUGUUCGACACUUGGUUAACUUUCUCAACUCAACUCACUGUCCGACAAGACUAGAGGCUAUUAAGUGUCUCUCCUCGAUCACCCAAAUUGAUCCUCCGCUAGCUGAAGUUUACGAGAUAUUCAAACAGUUCCAGCCUCCAAGCAGAGCUAAAUUGUUGAAUGAAUCGGACGAUUCGGGUUGUGCGAGGGGAGGGGGAUAUAUCAGAAGCGGUGCCCAUACCCCUCUAACUUCUUAUGGACUCUACGGAACGGGGCUAUCAGGGAGCUCAGUUGCUGGUUCCAGGUCAAGUUUGUGCUUGAGUGUCUCGGGGCUGAAUUUGAGAGGUGGUGCUAAAAAUGACUUGGAGCACAUAAGAGGAUCGGGUGACAAUAUUGCUAAUGAGAACCAACUACCCAUGGAGAAAAAUCAACCAGCGGCGGUGGUGUCGUUGAAAGGGGAGGAAUGUUGGGCAAUGUCAAUCAUGAAAGACAUAAUUCACAAUGGUCACCCCUACACCAAAGAAAGCACCAACCCUGACCAAGAGGCACUUAAGAUUUCAGCUUACAACUUUGUGGCUUCACUGUCUGUCCACUACUUCCAAGUCAUGCUACCUAGUGUGGACUCAAUUCAGACUCUGGUGGAUGCAGGGCUGGGUCCAGACGUGUUCUGCCAGGAAGUGAAGAUAGCAGUUCUGGCCAUGCUGGAGAAAGUGGCAAGGGCUAUGCCCAAGUGUACACAGAUGUGUCCAGAUAAAUUGUUUGACUUUUGGAAACAUGUACUGGAUGGGCCCUUGACUCAGCUACUUAAACCCAAAAAUAGAAGUGCCAUACGCUCAGUUGCCUGCGACUGUCUAGCUGCAAUUCCACCCUCAGUCUACGAGAGAUUACCCCACUCGAGGAAGAUGUACUGCGUCACUCUCAUGAUAGGAUACUCGGUGGAGAGUGAUCACAACGUGGCAGGCGCCGCCCUCCGUGCCCUGGGCAGUUAUAUCCAGUUUCUGCCUUCGCUCAAGAGUGAUUACACUUUCAUUGUGGAUGUCUCAAAAGCUAUUUUCUCCCUCAUAUCGCAUACCAACAGGUACGUUCGUUCGCGAGCUUGCUGGACGCUUGCCAACUUGUCUGACAACUUCAUUGCACUCUCGGACUCAGACCCCAACUUUCUUCUGGAGCUCACUCCGGCCAUUUUCUGCCAAUGUCUCCAGUCCUGCAUCAAAAGCAGUGAAGAUCAAGAUAGGUGCAAAUACAACGCAGUGAGAGGAAUCGGAAGCCUUCUGUACUGUGUAAAUGAUGCUCUACUUGACGAGCAACCGAGGUUUAACCUUCUGUUGCAGUCUGCAUUUGACGCUUUGAUCGGACUAGUUGCGGGACCAUGUCUUGCUAAAGUGAGGUGGAACGCAUGCUACGCGGCAGGGCUUGUCCUUCAGAACUCAGUUUUGACCAGUCGUCGAAAAGAAGAGUUUAUAAAACCCCUUCAGGAAGCCUUGAUUAAUACUAUAGAGUCUUGUCAGAACUUCAAAGUGAAAAUAAAUGCGGUGAAUUCGUUGCAGUCGAUGAGUAGUCGUUCUCAGUUUGAGGAUUUGUUCUUGAGAUGUGUCAAUGUGGCUUUGGAGGCCUUGGUCAAUAGUCAGACAUUGUCAAAUUUCGACGAAUAUAAACACCAAGCUGAACUGCAGGACAGUUUGUGUAUUUGGUUAUGCAAGUUGGUUAUGUUUUCAAGCGAAGACGAUUUCAAAAAUGUCUUCCAGGCUUUUGUAGACCUUAGUUUGACUGCAGCGUCCAAGCAACUGUUCCAAACAAGUGCCUCAAAAGAUCAAAACUCCGAGAUAUUCUUUCAAGUUUGUGAGCACAUUAGAAAAAUGGACUAUUCGGCUAACUGUGAAAAUACAAAUUUUUUGCUCAAGGUAUUCACGAUGAAAUCAUCUCAGUUCGUUUCACCAUACCCUUCAGCAGAAGAACCAGUUGUUGGGGCGUUUGACUGCUAAUAUAAUCAAGAAUCAAUUUUAUUUUGAUGUCGCAGGUAAAAAAAAUGUGCCUUGAUAGAAACGAAAAAUAUUGCAGCUGAAAUUUUUGUGCUGUGUUUUGAAGGUUGAAAAUAUUGUCGAAAGCUUUUAAAUUACAGCUUGGGUUUCAAUUUUUUUUGGAGAUGUUUUCAAUUUCAUCUCUAGAAGUUCGAAAAUUUGUACAAUUUUGUGAUCAUUUUUUUUUAUAUAUGGCGCAACAAUCCUAUGUGCUGUAAUGUCACAUUGCCGGUUUAAAUUGAAGAUUGUAUUAUAUUUUAAAUAGGAAACUGUAGUUAAUAUUUAUGUAUGUAAGUAUAAAAAAAAUCGUGACUAAAGGCAGUUAUGCGUGAUCAAAAUCAGGCGAACAAUUUUUUUCACCGAAGAGCUACAAAUUCUCAUUUUGAGUUUAAUUCAAAUGUUUCAAACAAA